AAACAUCUGUCCAUAUGGAUGGCUUCAGAAAAAAAAAACAUGACGUCACAUCAAAUGCAUUUGACAGAGCAUCACUGGGUACUAGUAUAAUUUGGAGACAUCUUAUCGAGGUAUUUUGCCGCCAAGUUUCGAAUUUUUAUUCGUUCAAUUUACAAAUUAAUAACCCUUAUUUCAAGUAUACAGAUAGCAUAUCCAUUUCAAGAUGAGUUCGUUUAAAUCUAGAGGACUGUUUGUAUGCAUUGAAGGAUGUGAUCGGGCCGGAAAAUCGACGCAAGCUAAGCUUUUAGUUGAAUACAUCAAGUCAUUGGGAAGAGCUGUUGAACAUUUUCGAUUCCCAGAUCGCAGCACAGCCAUAGGAAAAUGUAUUGAUUCCUACCUUCAAGGGACAUCAGACCUCGAAGACCACGCCAUACAUCUAUUAUUUUCUGCCAAUAGAUGGGAAGCUGUUCCUAAAAUGAAAAGGUUGUUGCACAGUGGAACAUGUAUUAUUACAGACCGGUAUGCUUUCUCUGGAGUGGCUUUUACUGCUGCAAAGGGAUAUGACACAACCUGGUGUAUGAAUCCUGAACGAGGACUACCAUUACCAGAUCUGACUGUAUACUUAGAUAUAUCUACAGAAAAAGCUUCUAAAAGAUCAGAAUUUGGUGAAGAACGCUAUGAAAACAGUGAAUUCCAGGAGAAAGUCAGUAAAAAAUACCAAGAAUUGAUAACAAAAGAUUGGAAGGUGAUUGAUGCCACUCAGAGUAUUGAAAAAAUUCAUCAAGAAAUAAAAGACGCUGUUGAUAUUGUACAGAAGUCAGUGAUUAAUAAUAAUGAACUUUUGAAGGAAUUGUGGACAUGGCCACAACUAUAAACUAUGAAACACAUAAUUUCAAUUUCAUCAUUUACAUCAACAAAAGAAAAACAGUCCAGGCCUUCCAUAAAUCAGUGAAAUAUAAUAUGCUUGCCAUUGAGUGACAUCAACGUUCGGGUGUGUUACUAGUGCACUGAAGCUUGCUGGACCUGACUAACUGAAGUGAAUGAAUGAUUGAUUGAAUAAUUCCUUGCUUGACUGACCUCAUGUCGAGGUCACGUAGAUGUCAGGUUGAUGUGGGGCAGAUUUUGUUUGAUACAGAAUGAUGACUCCAAGAAUUAUUUAAAUAGCAAUACUUUAUGCAUUUCAAUGUUUUCAAUUCACUGUUUUUGGGCAGGCCUGGACAGGGUUAGUCUCCUCUCGCAGGCAUUAGGAUGUUUGUUCCUAGGUCACUCCUCCCUAGCUGUUAGGACGUUCGGUCCCAGGUCAACAAACGUUCUAAUGGCUGCGAGAGGAGACUAGGGCAGGGUUCCAUUGUCAUAACAUACGCAGUCAAUGACGUCAUUCUAUCCACCAUGAUCUGGCAGAUGCUGAAUCGUCAUUUUGCAGAUUACUAACAAAGAUUUCUAACAAAGCUUUCGAAACAUGUACUAAACUUUCCCAACCCUCAAGGGAUGGAAGAGUGAAUGGAUAUAUGAAAAAAUCA